AUGUCACGUCGGAUGCUAGUUCUUGAUGGACUUUGGUACUCGCUAUGUCCGUCAUUCAAUCCUUUUGUGUUGAAGCGGUCCGGAUGCGCGUGGCCGCGUCCGCGACUUUCGCCAUUGAGUUGCCGUCGCAUCAGGACGCCGCCGCAGCAACGCUGUCUCAGCACCGAUGCCCAUCAAACCGAUAAUGAUCUUCAAAAACAGAGCGACGCCGCCCCUCAAGAAUCGCGUGAUGUGCCUAAACCAUUCUCCGCCUCUAUCUCGCUACGAGAUGAUCUUUUGGACAAUACACAAGCAAAGCCCGCGGACGAGAGCCUGCUCGACAAAAUUGAUGCCGAAUCAAUACCCUCACGGCGAAGGAAAGAAAUCAACAAAUGGCCCGGAAUACCUCAGUACAUUGCUGAGAAGAGCAAUGACAGUCUGGAGGCAAUGUUACAGACGGAAAUGGGCAGAAGACCUAACAUUACUUCUGCCACUCAUAUCUUAAGGCUGCUCAUACGGGACCGAGGCGUUCGACCAUCUGCGCGCCAUUACAAAGCUCUCAUAUUGGCCAAUUCAGACGGAGUUCAUGGGUCGCCGAUGUUUGUGAGGAGCUUGCUGGAGGAAAUGGAGAAAUAUGACAUUGCAGCCGACUCGGGAACUCUCCAUGCUGCUUUACAGGCGCUCGCUGUCCACCCGGACUUUACUCUUCGUCAGGAAGUUCUGCAAAAAUUGCGAGAUCGGUGGCUCACUUUGAGCCCGAGUGGAUGGCAUUUUGUCGUUGCUGGUCUCCUUCGGGAGCAUAAGUUUGAGAUGGCACUUGAGCAGGUCAGCCUGAUGCAGCGAAAAGAUAUCCAUAUUGAAAACUGGCUACACAGUUCCAUUGUCUACAGUCUUUGUGACAUGGACGAGCUUGACGAGGUUCUUCGUCUGAUGGAAGUUCGAGUACAUCAGGGCCAUGAUAUGACCCCGGCAUUAUGGAUGCACGUACUUCGGGUCGCCGUCGAAGCACGGCAUUAUGUAUUGGCACGGUUUGUGUGGCGACGUCGGGUCGAGCUUGGCUAUCUUCAUCCACCGAGUGCUUUAUGUAGCGAGGUUCUCCAACUUGCUGCUGAAUUCACCGAUCUCGAGAUUGCCCAGUCGAUAUUGCGCUAUCGUACAGAGCGCGCGCUAGCACCCUCCCUGGAGGAUUACGGCCAGCUUGUUUUGGUCUAUGUCGGUGUUGAUGACGUCUGGCCUGGGGUGGAUCAGGCGACUACCCGGCCGAUUCUCGCAUACAUGAUUCGGAACAAGACCGACCGCCGUGAGGCCUGGCAAAUGCUCAAACGACUACACAACGCGAAGCACGAGGUCCCACUGGCGUGUGUUCGCGUGAUCGCUGAGCUGUGUGAGCAUGAUGCCCACCACGACCCGACGGUGGUGGACGAUGCUGUGGGAUUCUAUAAUGAGAUCCACACCCUUUAUUCCCAGGGCGCCGAUCUUGAAAUUUACAACAUCUUGAUUCGAAUGUGUCGUGUCGCGGGCAAACGAGAAGCUGGCAUCUUCUUGGUCAAGGAAAUGGCCAAAUUGAAUGUCAUCCCAAAUUCGAGCACGUUUGAGAGCAUUAUCCUGAUGUGCCUGGAUGCAGGAAAUUACAAGUCUGCACUCAUGUAUUUGCUGGACCUCUCCAAGCGGGAGGAGGCCGUGAUCAGCCCUCGAGCUAGACAAGAAAUUCGAAAGCUUUGUGCUGAGUCCGUCAACGAGUACGCAUUGCGACUACAAUAUCACCCCCUGCUCCAGGGGGAUGAGCCACCAGCAGGUGUGGGUAGCGCCAGCACAGCUGUGACGCCCCAAGUGUCGCGUCAGCCACGCCACAAGAUGGAACGUGAGGAGAGAAUCGCAUACAACAAGGAGCGGCGACAGAGGAAACGUCGCCGGCUUGCACUGGAGAGAAUUGCCGCGGGAGGUCAAGCAAGUUCCGAGUCACCGACCUGCCUUGCGGAUAGCGGUGUUGAUGAAGUCAACAAGACGAAGGUUUCAUCUUCGGAAUGA